CAAAAACAGAAAGAAAAAAAAAAAAAAUAGAAGAAAUCGUAUAUUAUAUAUAUGUACGUUGGCAAAGUUAACUAAAGUGAAAGUUUAAGAUAAAAAGUGAAAUUUUUUGACAAUAUUUUUAUAAAACUUGACAAAAAACAGACAUAGCAGGAGAGUUGGUUAGCAGAAAGCUUUAAAUAAAUUCAAAAAAAAAACUUCACGGUUUUCUCUCUCUCUUUCUCUCGUUUUCUUUCUGGAGUUUCACAACCAGAAACAUUAUUUUGAUAUAAUCGUGGAAAAAAUGGUGUAAAUUAAUGGUGCAUAAUAAACGUGUUGAUUCAGAAAGCGAGGUGGGCCAAUUAUCAUGGCAAACUAUGUACAACAUCACCGAUCACAACAACAACAACAACAACAACAGCAGCAGCACCAAAAGCAAGAGCAACAGCAACAGCAACAGCAACAGCAACAACAUCAAGAAAAACUUACAUGUUUGGACUUGACAUCAAUAAAAACUAAACAAUGUCUUAAAAAACAAGAAUGCUGUAAAAAAGCAGCAAAACAACGCCGAACGUCCUUCUGCUCCGAUCCAUCCACCGUUAGCUACUAUCAUCGGCAUCAACAACAAGAAGCAAAAGUUUUUCUCACAAAAUUAUCUAGUGCACAACACAACAAUGGUGGGGUUGGCUUUAGUUUGUCGAAAGGUUGGCCUUUCCAUUUCAAUUCGUCAAUAGCUUUGUUGCAAGUUUUUCUUCUCGUAAACGCUCUCAGCAGUCAUGUUGCAUUUGGUGAAGGAAAUGUUGGAUGCAAAUUUGUCCGGACGUUGUGUUUGGAGAGCAGUGAAGUUUGCUUCGACGAUAACAUCUUUGGCAAAUGUAUACCAACCACCGGUGUUGAUGUGGAAGACAUUGAAAAAACUCCUCUUAAUGAAGACCAAUCGCGUUUACUCGCCACCAUGCUUGAAGAAUUGCAGGGCGCCGGUUUAGGUUGGGAUCAUCCUUACGUUCAAUGUCGCAUACAAGGCACGCUCUUCUCACUUCAGAAACAAACUCAUCUUCCUCCAAAUCUAUGCGCAAAUCUAGCUCCAUCCUCGUCUAAUCCGGAGACAGCUAGUCCUAUGGCUUACAUACGUUUCGCACCUUCAAAUGACGGCUACACUGAUAGGUUCUACUAUCCUCCAUUGAAAAAAAAGAAUGAUCUGUCCAAUGGGAUUAAUAGUGUUUUGCACAAGUUCCGAUUGCAAAACCAGCAUUCGCUUCCCGAAUCAAACGACAUAAACCACUUCGUAGAAUUCGACAGGCAGAGAGAGUCCCAAAUGAAUCAACCGAGCGUUAUGGAUAUAUUCCUGCAGAAGGAACAAGAACUCCAGCAUCAAGAAGAGUUGCAAAAUGACUUGGCCUGGGAAAAUCGACGCAAAGAAGCCUUGCGAAAUCGUUUAAAAUUGUAUCAUAUGUUAGCCGCCACUGAGCCGGAUCCUCAACCAUUCUUACGUAAUCGUCAGAUUGCUGUAGAAAAACCGGACGAUUUUGAUGAGCUGUACUUAAUGAAUCAUUUUGAUGCAUCCAAACGAUCAAGAAUUCAAAACGUCGCAAACCAGCGGAAUUCUCCGCCAAAUUCGUUUUUUCGUGAACUAGCUCAGGAACAAGGUAUAGGACACAUGCCAUCUCACCACAUUCAAGCGCAAUUUCAGCCACCUGCAGACGCCUUACAAUCAUUGAACUAUAAGCCAAUCUCAGUUAAAGCAAAGGAAGACUUAAAUAAUGGCCGUAACGAUUUUGAUUUGGAGGAUAGUUUAUUACGGAAUUCCCUAACGCCCAUCGAAGAAGAGGCUAUGUUAGCUUCAAACGCCUAUCCCAUGCAUCUAAAGCACCGCUACAUUAACCCAGAAAGUGUCUAUUCCGAGGCUGGUCUUAUUAGGAUACCAGAAGAUGAAAAUCUUGAUCGGGAUUUGGUGGCCGACACUCGAAAAGAAAAAGCUCGAGAUAUUUUAGCUGACAUGCUGGGUUUUACUCGGCAUGAACGUUUAGAUGUUAAGAAACCAGGACCACUGGUAGGCCCGCCACCUUCUGAUAAGGAAGAUCUCGAAAAACCGCUUCGCAAUCGCACAAGUAUCAAUCAAGAAAAUAUGCCAACCCAUGUAAAAAUUGAAGCAAAUGAAGCGAACAAAAAGAAAAAGCUCAUUCAGAAACAUUCCGAAGAGGACCAUGCACCCCAUAUCGUCGACACUGAAUACGCUCAUGUGUUUGUUAAAAAUCCAAUCGAUAGCUGGAGUGAUGGCGUGCGCAUUAUAAACGAGUUAGCUCACAUUCUACAUAUGCAAGGAUAUUUUACUUAUUUAACCGUUCAACCACAUGAAGUUUCGUUCCGAGUAAACUCGAAUAAUCCUGAGAGGAAAAACGCUACCGAUGUAGCUCGGGCUAUUAAUGAAAACCGUGGCGUCAAAAACAAUCUACUACGACGCUUGGGUGUCACAGUUUUGAAGGCCGGCGUCGGCGACAAAGUCAAACGGGACGAUGAAAGCGGAGUGUCGGCAGCGCGUAUUGAACUCACCGAUCAAGAUCCAGAUGUUACCCAUGUCAUGGCAUACAUGUUCGCUGGCGCCGGGGCAGCCGCUAUUAUUGUCAUAUUUGUUACUUUGACAUUAAUUAAGCGACAUGACAGAAAACGCGAUAAAUUAGGUGGGCUGCAAACGGGCACCACUGGUGCAGAGAGUUGCAGCAAAGACUAUCAAGAUUUAUGUCGUGCCCGCAUGGCCGGCAAAGGUAAUCCAACUGACGCGGUGGCCGGUGGUCGCGUAACAUCGUUAAGCAAGGAAAACGAUAGACCGCCAUCAUCCCGUUCCAGUACAUCUUCCUGGAGCGAGGAACCAACUUUGACAAAUAUGGAUAUAUCUACCGGUCAUAUGGUGUUGUCCUACAUGGAAGAUCAUUUGCGAAACAAGGGCCGCUUACAGCGUGAAUGGGAAGCUCUUUGCCGUUACGAAGCCGAACCUAGCGCUCGCGAUGCUGCUGUGCAGCCGCAGUGUUCAAGUCUUAAUCGCGUAACAGCACCGCUACCGUACGACCAUUCACGUGUUGUUCUCAAUCAUUUAGCUAAUGCUGAGGGUCUAGACUAUAUCAAUGCCUCAACAAUUACUGACCAUGAUCCCCGCACUCCGGCCUAUGUAGCCGCUCAGGGACCGUUGCCAACCACUUUAGCCCAUUUCUGGCAAAUGAUUUGGGAACAAGGAGCUGUUGUUAUUGUAGCUCUAUGUCGUUUGCAAGAAAAUGGGGAAAUUGCAUGCGCUCGCUAUUGGCCCGAAGAAGGGGCGGAAGUUUAUCACAUCUAUGAGGUUCAUUUAGUUAGCGAACACAUUUGGUGUGAUGACUACCUGGUACGGUCCUUCUAUUUGAAGAAUUUACGAACAAGCGAGACCCGAACCGUUACGCAAUUUCAUUUCUUGUCUUGGCCUCAAGGGGGUAUACCAGCACAAGCGAAGGCGCUCUUAGAUUUUAGAAGAAAAGUAAAUAAAUCGUACCGUGGCCGUUCCUGCCCCAUUGUAGUGCAUAGCAGUGCUGGAUCUGGCCGCACUGGCGCAUACAUACUACUCGAUCUGGUGCUAGGCCGCAUGAAUAAAGGAGCUCGGGAAAUUGACAUCGCAGCUACGCUGGAGCACUUGAGAGACCAAAGAGCCGACUUAGUUGCUACGCGACAACAAUUCGAGUUUGUUCUAAUGGCCGUAGCAGAGGAAGUGCAUGCAAUUCUUAAAGCCUUACCCGCAAAUCAAAGCACCGAGAAAAAGGAUUUAGAGCAGAACAGAGAACAGGGUGUCUUGAGGGAAGAAGAGGUAGAAAAGACAAACUGCACAGACUCGACAGCGGAUAAGAACAACGCUAGGCUUAAUAAAGAUGGAAAGACAACUCCAGUUAAAACGCAAUUAGAAACAAAGAAAAAGUGAAUAAAAUCGAGGGAGGCAAAGUAUAUUUUUUGUAUUUAGAGCAUCUUUUUUUUCCAUAUUCUUUACUGGGAAAGUAAAAUUGAUAGUUACGAAAAGGCUUACCUGGUACGAUAGAGUUGGAUUUUACUUGCUACAUUUCCUCUAUUAUUAUUUUCAUUUUUAUGUUAAAUUCUAACCCUUCGAAAUCUGUUGGAUAUUUUCUAAUAUGUUCCGGCUUUAAAACCAGCCCGCGUUAAAACCAGUCGUCUUAGAAUUUCAACAGAUUGCGAGGAUUCAUUCAACAAAAAAAUUCAAUAUGUAGAUUGUAAGAAAUAUAUACUUGUACGUACAUGUAAAGCACAUAUACAUAUAUAUAUGUAUAGAAAAAAAUUAAAGAAUUAAUCACAUUUAAUAGGUUUUCGAAAUGAGACAAAAUAAAAGCGAAAAUUGUUUUGAAAAAUCGUUAAAGUUUAAAUGUAAAAAAUAAAAUCGAAAAAUUAAAAACGAAAAAAAAAUUAAACACAAAUGUACGUGUAAACAUUCUCAAAUUAUGAAUAUUCACUUAAAUGUGUUUUGACAAGGAUUCCUCGUACAUAAGGAAAUUAUGCGAAAAUAUUUAGAUAAAAAAUAUUUAUAUGUGUAUGAAAUUAUAAUAGAAUUAUGCAAAAAAUAUUUCCAUUUUAAUGUUAUAAAAAAGAAAAAGAAGCACUUCAAAGAAAUAUAUAUAUAUUAGGGUCAACCACAAUACAAAAUGAUUUGUCAAGUUUUCCACAUACAAAAUUUUACUUAACUCUGAUUAAAGAUGAUGGCAGCUAAAAAUUCAAAAAAGCCUGACAAAUUUCUCAGUUAGAGUAGAAGAAAAGAAGAAGAGUAAAAAGAAGAGAAGAGGAGAAGAUAAAGAAAAAAGGAGAAAAUAAUCAUUGCAAAGUGCACAAAAACAAGUAAAACCAAUAAAAUAAUACAACAAAUCCAAAAUCAUUCCAAGAUUUAGUAAUUUAAACACGAGAACGAGAUCAGGAUCAAUCAUCAUAACAUCAUAUCGCAUAAUCAGACCAAAAAACAAUUGCAACAACAACAAUUAUAUAAGAAAAUA